AUGGAGGGACAAAAAGUUCUACAAUUUCCAUCACACCCAUCGUCAGCCUACGAUAUUUUGCUUGAGCAACGAGAACGAUUUCGGCAGAUGAUUUCCGAUGGAGAUGUGCGAUGCCUUUUACAGCCCUGCGCAAUGACAGCGUACUGUGAGCAUUUACUAGAAACUCGCCCUUCGUGCGAGUUGUCCGUACCCUUUGGAGAAUUCCGUCGUCGAGAAAUUGCUCAAGCAAAAGCAGAGGAACGCACCAAAUUCGAGGUAUUCUGGAAUGAAAUCUAUAAAUAUCUCAUCUACGCUAUCACUGUCGUUGACGAAAUACCGACAGGUCAGAUUCUGAAUUUAAUAUGUCAUUCAAAUGGUACCUCUUCAUCCGCAACGCCUUUGUGUUAA